UCAGUUUGUUUACUUCGAAAUAAAGAUUUCGUCGUUGUAAAUGUUCGCCGUUCACGGUUCAGUUAAAAGUGUGCAGAUUUUCCGUAUUAAGACAACGUUUUAAAGGACAUUUAAGAAACUACUUGAACUUGCAAAUGAUAACAAAAAGCAAUAGCUUUAAAAGCGUCCAAAGCAUUUGAAAGCACUUAACUGAACAAUGAAAUAUUGGAAAUAUUGUUUAUCGCUGUGCAGUGUUUUCUAUUCCCUUUUCGAUUUGGGAUCAAUGUCCACAGAAACAUUAACGUAUGGGGAAGACGCAUGUUUUGGGCCUUUCCAUCCCUCGCCAAGAGAAAAUUUUACGGUGACUCAUGAAGGUUUGGACAGUAGUGGUAUUUGUCGAGACAUGUCGUUCAGUGGUUGGGACUAUAAAGACUCUCUUCAGAGGGAAUUGUGUAUCAAAGUGAACAGUGUCAAUUUGUAUUGUUCCCAAAAGUUAGUAUACAGGAUAGACUCCAACAGAGCUAAGCCAGUUAAGAAAUUUGAUUGUUAUGACACUGCAGACAGCAUACCGGUAUUUUGUACGUUUGAGCUAUUGUACAUCCGAAUACAGACCGAGGAGGCAAUGAAGGACACGCAAGUAGUUUACACUGUUUAUAGUGGGAGAGAACAACCUUCAUAUGAGAGGGAGAGUGGAGGAGCAGGAUGGAUCAUACCGACUAUUGUCACUCUAGGUCUGCUGGGUGUUAUCUGUGCUACAGUGUGUUGUGUACGCGCGAAAAAACUCCGUGAGCUUGAGAGUCAAAGACAGAUGGCUGUAUUCAACAGAAAUCAACAGCCUCAAAUUCAUAUCCAUCAUUAUCACCCAGUGCAUCAAUCACAUGGCCAGGAAACAGCCUCCAAGUCUCCGUAUGGGAAUAAGGAAGCGAGUCCCGGACAGCAUUUUCCAAGGGAAGAAAAUUUGCCACCAGGCACAUCUUCUUUUCAGAGUUAUCCCCAACCUCCCGUACCGGCUACUUCUGGGGAACAUGAUUACUCUCCCAGACAGCAGUUUCUUUCUUCCAACUAUUCAGAUUCCCAUAGAUUACAGCAGUAUAAAAGUAACACCAACGUACCCCCACCGUAUGAUGAGGUCACUAAGCAAUAUGUUUGAUAUUGUUUUUUUUUUUCAAGAUAUACUUAAUAUUUUAAUCAGUUUACACAUGAACAUAUUAUUAUGAAAUCAUCAUGCAAUAAGUUUUAUUCAGUUGUACUCUAAAUACGUAUUUAUUAUAUUUUGAAAGAUUUUUUUUUUAAUCUUAAAGAUGUAUUUGUAAUAAAUUACAAAGGUUGUAUUUCAGUAUCUGUUGGUUGUUUUAUGAACAGAUACUAAUAUUCAAUUUUGACAAUAUGACUGUUAUAUAAGUAACCUUCAUUAUAUAUUUGUGAAUUAUGCCUGUCUGUUAAGAUUCUUGUUUUGGAUUGUUGUUGUUUGGAAAACAGAGGAGCAGCUAAAUCAUAUCACAUUCUAUUUUACAAAAAAUGGUGAAAUUUUAAUUAUUAAUUAUUACAAAAAUGUAGGAAUAAAAUA